AUGUACAUGCAUUUUCGACUCCAAACAAAAGACUCCAGCCGUUGGAUCAAUGAAGACAUUCGCCCRCUACCACCAGAUCGACGGAAAUGGACAACACGCACAUACAUUGGCUUCUGGCUAGCCUGGCACGUCUCCAUUAUCAAUGUCACAAUUGGAUCCGGACUGGUAGCCCUCGGACUAGCCGUAUGGCAAGUCAUGAUUGCAAUCAUCGUAGCUCGAGCAAUCAUCGCAGCAGUGGCCAUUCUCUGCGGCUACAUUGGCGCAGACUGGCAUAUUGGAUUCCCCGUCUACUCGCGAGCUCUCUGGGGAAUGUAUGGAUCCUAUGUUCCCGUCAUCCAGCGAAUUCUCUGUGGGAUUGUGGGAAUUGCUGUACAGUCUUACUUUGGUGGGACUUGCAUCGUCGCUAUACUCAGUGCCAUCUUUCCAUCUUUCCACCGCAUGGCAAACUCACUACCAGCAUCGGCAGUAGUUGACACGAAGUCACUUAUCGGAUGGAUCCUGUUCAACCUCAUGACAAUAGCUUUUGUAAUCGGCAGACUGGAGCGGACGCAAUUCGUCCGAAUCUUUGUCUGGCUCAACACUUACUCUUUCCUUACUUUCCUCGCCAUUAUGAUCUGGACUCUGGUGCGUGCUGGUGGAGGGGGACAACUGUUAUCAAACGGAUCUCUCCCAAACGUGGAUGUGGGCUGGGGUAUGUGUCAAGCCAUUACGACAGUCGUGGGAUCCAUCGCUAUCGGACUCAUGAGCCAGCCUGACUUUACACGCUUCGCYAAUACGUCUCGGGCUCAGGUUACUGGUCAGUGGACGUCAAUCAUGAUAUUUGGCACCCUGAUGCCUUUUAUUGGCUGCGUAAUUGCAUCUGCAACGGCAUCCAUAUAUGAAAAGCCCAUUUGGAACCCAACGGAGCUACUGCUACAGUGGCUCGCAGAUGAAUACAGCCCAGGCUCACGAGCAGCCGCUUUCUUUGCCGGUCUUGGUCUUUUGGCUUCUCAAUUGGUCCUGAACUCUUUGGAGAACUGCUUCAGCACGGGCAUAGAUCUCGCUUGUAUCGUUCCAAAGUAUCUCAACAUUCGACGAGGUGCUUUGCUUGCCUUGGCCGUGGCUUGUACGGCCUGUCCGUGGCAACUGCUCACCAACGCUUCGACUUUCCUCAACAUCGUGUCCUCGUAUACGGUCGUUGUCGCCCCAAUGUUGGGGAUCCAAAUAUGCGACUAUUGGAUCCUGCGCAAACGUCGUGUUCAGUUAUCGGCUCUUUAUGACUCUGAUCCUCAGGCUGCAUACUAUUACUUUCAUGGCUGGAACUGGCGACCAAUCUUGGUCUGGAUUGUUUCGUGGACGCCACAGCUUCCGGGAUUCAUCAACGCCAUCGAACCAAGUAUACAAGUUCCGAUUGGCGCCACGAGACUAUUCCAGCUUUCUUUCCUUUUUGGUGGAACCCUGGGUUUCUGUCUAUUCUACAUUGUCAAUUUGGUGUUUCCUCCUGGUAACAUGGGCCAGGUUGAUGAUGUGGACUACUUUGCAACUUUCUCCUCCUCUGAGUGGGAUCUGAUGGAUAUAAAGAAUGAAACCGCGCUCAAUAAGCAUGGCUCAGAUAUAGGAAAGGUAUCAAACGAAUCUCAGGAGCAGGCCGGAGAGCGCGUUUGA